UGACAACGUUAGUACCGGAAGAGGAUUCGACACAAAGUAAAGGGAAAGAGACAACGACGCUGUGAAAACAUUUACUGUAACAACGAUGAAAUAACGGAAACAACAAGGGAAAAGCACUUCAAUGGGAGCCAAAUUCUGACCAUCUAAAAAUAGCUGUUUGCUACUGUUGUAGGGAGUCACACUUUAAGAUGGACGUCCAUGAGCCAUAUGGAGAAAGCUCACGUCCAGUAGAGUGCGAGAGACUCCGGAAUAACUACAUGGAUGUGGAGGUUGCAACUGACGACAGUCUUUUGUAUUGCGAAGACUGCAACAUUGAGUACGAAGGGGACUGUUCAGUACAUGGACCUCUCCUCAUGGUUACAGAUGUCAAGGAAAGACCAGGAAGUGUAGACAGGGCUUGGAAAACUUUGCCUGUUGGUCUUGAGAUUGAGGAAUCUGGGAUUCCAGGAGCUGGUCUUGGAGUUUGGGCAUAUCAGGACUUUGUGCCACGCACCUGCUUCGGCCCAUACGAGGGAGACAUCAUCACCAGUGAAGAACCUCCUAAACGAUCAGGAUACAGCUGGCAAAUACAUACUAACGGACAACCUUCCCACUUUGUGGAUGGCCACAACUGCAGCACGGCCAACUGGAUGAGAUAUGUCAACUGUGCACGUACAGAGGAGGAACAGAAUCUGACAACAUUUCAAUACAAAGGUCAUAUCUACUACAGAGUGUACAAGGAGAUUGGUGUGGGUUCCGAGCUGCUUGUAUGGUAUGGACACAAGUAUGGGAAGGAACUCAGUAUUGAGAGACAACUCAAACUACCACAGAGUCAAGAAAGCUACCCGUGUGACAACUGUGACCUUGGGUUCUCAUCCGUGGUGUUCUUGUGGAAACAUCUGAAGAAAAUGCAUAAAGGAAAACUGACAGCUCAGUUGCGGUUCAUAGUGAACACUCAGGGCAUUAACAGCUCCGACCUUGGAAAGGAAAUGGAGAACCAGAACAGUAACCAUGGCGACAACAGAACUGAAAGUGUCAGUAGUGCUGGGGGUGAUGGGGCAUCGAUGGUUCCCAUGAAACAGAACAACGGUUCCCCUGGAGUCCGGCGCUAUCAGUGCGGUCAGUGUGGGAAGGAAUUCAAACAAUUAAGUCACCUGAAGAUGCACAUGAAAUAUCACAGUGGAGUUAAGCCUUUUCCAUGUGGGGAGUGCGGGAAAGCGUUUACACAAUCCAGCGACCUUCAAAGACACAUGUUACUUCACAGCGGAGUGAGACCUUAUCCCUGCAGUGAGUGUGAUAAGACGUUUACUCGAUCAAGUUACUUGCAAAAGCACCUAAGAUGUCACAUAGGCGUCAAGCCUUAUAAGUGUAGCGAGUGUGGGAAAGCAUUUGCAGAAACAAGUGAUCUGAAGACACACAUGAAGAGUCACACUGCUGUCAGGCCUUAUCUGUGUGGUGAAUGUGGGAAAACGUUUAUAACGUCAGGCGACCUGACCUCUCACAUGAGGUGUCACAGCGAUGUCAAGCCUCAUCAGUGUAGUGAAUGCGACAAGACAUUCACGCGGCCGAGUAACCUUCAAGCACACAUGAGUUGUCACAGUGGAGCCAAGCCUUUUGAAUGUACUGAGUGCGGAAAGGCGUUUCCAUUGUCAAGCUACCUUCAGAAACACAUGAUGUGUCACUCUGGUAUCUGGCCCUAUCGAUGUACAGUGUGUGGUAAAUCGUUUAGACAGUCAGGUAACCUACAGACACACUUAAGGAGCCACACUGGUGUCAAGCCUUUCCCAUGUAACGAGUGUGGGAAGGCAUUUUCUAAAUCCAGCGACCUUCAAAGACACAUCAGGUGUCACAAUGGAGUCAAGCCUUAUCAGUGCAGUGAGUGUGAGAAGGCGUUCACAACAUCUGGUGACCUGCAGCGACACAUGAGGUGUCACAGUGGUGAAAAGCCAUACCAGUGUACUGUAUGCGAGAAAACCUUUUCAGAGUCAGGUGGUCUGCAGAAACAUUUGAGAUGUCACACCGGUAUUCGGCCUCAUCAGUGCACUGUUUGUGAGAAGGCUUUCACAACGUCAAGUCACCUGCAUGUACACAUGAGGUGUCAUAGUGGAGAUCGCCCAUAUCAGUGUAAUCAGUGUGGAAAAGCUUUUACUCAGUCAGGGAACCUGCAGACACACAUGCGCUCUCACAGUUGAUGUAGUUUAGUUGGGAUUUACUGCUGCUGUAGGUGUUGAAGGUCGUAGCAUCAGUUUGUCUGCCAUGAGACAUUAGGGGAAGUGACUCAGGAAGAUCUGGUUAGAAUUCAUCUUCAGGCAACCCAUGGGAUCGGGUCCACAUUUGGUACUUUUCCCAGCUCUUGUGAUAAUAGUUGACAAUAGCCAGUGUAAGUGCAUGUUCCCUUCAAACACACGUGGGUCUGUGAAGAUCUGUGUUAGAAUUGGUCUUCAGCAAUCCUUGCUUGUCGUAAGAGGCGACCAUAUAUGGAUGGUCAGGCUAAAUGACUUGGUGACACAUGUCAUUGUAUCCAUACGAGGUCAUUGCUCAUGCUGUUGAUCACUGGAUUGUCUGGUCCAGACUUGCUUUUUUACAGACCACCGCCAUAUAGCUGGAAUAUUGCUGAGUGUGGUGUUAAACAGCAAACAAACAUGACAGGAAACGUUGGUGGGCAGCUAAGUGUUGUAACAUGACUUGAUGAUUCUGUCUUAUAUGUGUAUUUACUUGUGUGCUGUGCAGAGAGAAUCCUGACGUGAAGUUUUACAAUCUCAUUAAAAUCAAAUCUGUAUCUGACACAGCCACCUCUGCUUGUAGAUCUGGGAACACGUCUGUAGGAAGGCUGAUCAGUUGAACUCUCAAAUCAGCAUCAAUUAUUCCAAAACUCUAGGUACAAGUGAGCGCCAUAUUCAGACAAACACGUCUUAUUUCAGUGUCAUGAAAAUAAUGUUAGAUAUCCUGUCAUUUGUGAGCACCGUGGCAUCAAAAUAGAAAAGAUUGGCUGCUUUUUUCAUUUGGCAGAGAUAAAAAUUACUGAGUAAAUAGUAAACAGUGGAGAUUGGCCACAUCAGUGUAAUCAGUGUGGAAAAGCUUUUACUCGGUCGGGGAACCUGCAGACAUGAGCUGUCAUAGCUGAUGUAGUGGAGUUGGGAUUUACUGUUGGAGUAGUUGGUGAAAGUCUUAGCAUCAGAUGCCCCUGAAGAUCUGGGUUAGGAUUGGUCUUCAGUAACCCAUGCUUGUCGUAAGAUACCACUAACAGGAUCGGGUGGUUAGGGUCGCUGACUUGGUUGAC